UUGCUGGCUAGUUGUUCUAGUUGAGCAUUUUAUUUUUAUUUUAUUUAAGAAAAAAUUUUUAGGUUUGUUAUCAGCCGGUUUUAGUAAAUAUUAUUUAAUUGGUGUUUUGCCAUGUACAAAGUUUUACACUUCUACAUAAAAUAAAAACCGUAACUACAGUUCAGCUUAUAAUUAUUCCAUAAACCGACUAAAAUUUCAUGUAAUUAAGAAUGUCUUCGCAAUUAAUUGAUAAGUUUAAACAAUUAGAUGCAUAUGCUAAAACUUUGGACGAUUUUAGAGUUAAAACCGCCACUGGGGCAGCAAUAACUGUAUCAGGAGCACUUAUAAUGAUAUUAUUAUUCUUGUCAGAAUUAUACACCUACAUGUCUCCUAAUAUAUCAGAGGAACUAUUUGUAGAUACAUCAAGAGGACAUAAACUGCGAAUUAACUUUGAUAUUGUUAUACCAACUAUUUCUUGCAACUAUUUAGUACUUGAUGCCAUGGAUUCAUCUGGAGAACAACACUUACAAAUGGAUCAUAAUAUUCACAAAAGAAGAUUAGACUUGGAAGGAAAUCCUAUUGAAGAACCAAAAAAACAAGAAAUUGCUCUAAGUUCCACGGUAAAAUUAAAUAAUACUGCAAUAGCCAAAGUAACAUGUGGGAGUUGCUAUGGAGCAGCAUUUAAUGAAUCUCAGUGUUGCAAUACAUGUGAAGAGGUAAAAGAAGCAUAUAGAAUCAGAAGGUGGGCUUUACCAGACUUGGCCACUAUAGAACAAUGUAAAGAUGAUGAAUCUAUAGAGAUAACAAAUUCAGCUUUGAAAGAAGGGUGUCAAAUAUAUGGCUACAUGGAAGUUAACAGGGUUGGUGGAAGCUUUCACAUAGCACCAGGCAAAAGUUUUACAAUCAACCAUGUACAUGUGCAUGAUGUACAACCUUACUCAUCUUCAGUAUUUAAUACUACACAUAUUAUUCGUCAUUUAUCAUUUGGAAGUGAUAUUGAAAGUGGUAACACUGCUCCGUUGGAUGGAGUGGUUGGAUUAGCUAAAGAAGGUGCAGUGAUGUUCCAAUAUUAUUUAAAAAUUGUGCCUACAAUGUAUAUAAAAUUAGAUAAAACAGUUCUGAAUACCAAUCAAUUCUCUGUAACAAGACAUCAAAAAUCGGUUUCUAACAUCAAUGCAGAAUCGGGUAUGCCUGGUGCAUUCUUUAGUUAUGAACUUUCUCCAUUAAUGGUAAAAUAUACUGAAAAAGAAAGGUCAAUAGGUCAUUUUGCCACAAAUAUAUGUGCAAUAGUUGGUGGAGUUUUUACUGUUGCUGGAAUUCUGGAUUCACUCUUAUACCAUUCCCUAAAUGCAUUUCAAAAUAAAAUGCUACUUGGAAAAACUGGAUAAAUUAUAGAGUUUUUAGGAAAUCAUUAAAAUCUGAAACACUACAUUUUGCAUAUGUUUUACAAAACUGUAUAUCUGUGUCUUCAGCUAAUGCUAUUAAGGGAACAUAAUUUUCUUUCUUUGAAUUGUAUUGUGCUCUCCCCAA